GCAGAGGCUGGCGGAGCUGGUGUAGCUAGAAUUUGGGUUUUACAUUCAUUUUGUUUGCGUGGUUUGCGUUCUAUGGUAGUUCUGGACAAUGAACAUGAAAAGUACUUAUACGAAAAACUGACGGGAGAGAUAUCUUGAACGUUAUCCACCUGCUCAUGCUUUUUUUUUGGCCAAUACAAUAAGAAUAACAAUCUCAAUCAGAGUCUUUAUCUUACCUCCACCUCCACAGUCCCAACCUCCGACCCCCGAGGGGUCGCAAACCGCAAAGUGAUGCUUUUCCAUCCAAAAACGAAAUCCGCGUAUGUCCAGCAUCGCAUCGGAGGCGUCGAAGAGGACAGGCUCAUGAGGAUGAAGGAUAAGGUGAAACGCAAGCGCUUCGAUGAGUAUGGCCAGCAUGAGGAAGCGCAACAUUCCACAAAAGCCC